GAUAGUGAGACGGGCACGUGGCUGCGUUUCAACUCAGACUUAGGAAAUGUUCGAUGUGAGGUGUUGUAGUUACAGAGGAAUCCCGUGUUUUUUAAACGUUUUUCUUAUUUUUUUUUUUUAAAUAUUAUUUUGUUUAAAGUUCUUUGUUUCGAUGGAACACACGUUACCGUAAAGGAUUCAUUUGGUCUCAGAAUCAGGUAAGGAGCUCACCAUGCCUCUCCAUGGAAAAUUAGUUGUUCUUAAAAGGAGUGGACGAGAUGGUACUGAAUUACCCCUCACAGCAACAUGUGUGUUUGGGAGGGCACCCGAAUGUGAUAUUCGAAUCCAGGUACCAGAAGUGUCAAAAGAACAUUGCAGGAUUGAAUUGAAUGAAAAUAAAGAAGUUAUUUUAACAAAUCUGAGUUUGGUUAAUCCUACUCGUAUCAAUGGAAAGGUUAUUCAGCAGUCAAAACGUUUGAAUCAUGGAGAUGUUAUAACAGUUAUUGGACGUUCUUUUAGGUUUGAAUAUGCUCCAGAACCAACCCCAAAGAAAAAGAGAGAGUUUACAACUGUGUGUGAAACUCUUCAGGAUCAACAGUUGAAAGAUCCACCUGGCCCUCAAGAGUCUGAACAAAAAGAGCAGUCUUGUUUGAAAGAUGGGACAAAUACUGCAAAUUUACAAUCUUCAAAGGACCAGUGCAUUGGUGAUGCAGAAAAUGAGACUUUUAGCCCUGGACUGGAACAGGAAAAUCCCAGUGAAAAAGAGUGUGUUUCUCCUUUCUGUGAACUUUAUCAAAUGAUUAAACAGAAUUUCAGUACAAAGUCACCAUGGAAACCAGCAAGAGGAGUACAACUGAAGACUCUGACAUCAAGACGCGAGUGUCAGAAAUCUGUUCAAGGAGAGGUGGAUGCAGAUGAAUGUACUCCAGCACCAAAUGAAUAUUUGCCAAAAUCUGCAACCCCAAAAUCCAUCCGACAAUGCGGCAAGCUGAACACAAUUUUAACGUCUGAGAACACUGGGUUGUCCCUCUCCGUGGACAACAUGUCAGCAAGCCCAGCCAGGAAGAAAGUAGAAGAUGCCUCACAACAAGCGGUUACUCCAGCUCAGCAGACUGUUAAGAAAGGCAGGCACUCAUGUCAGUCACCUGCACAGCAACCAAAAACUCCUGUUAUUUUGGAAGAUCAGCCAAUGACAGCCUCUCAGAUGAAAACUCCUAAGAGGUUCAGUACUGAAGAGGUGGUGCAGCAGAUCUUGUCUCAGGAUACAUCUGCUGAGGUGCAUAAUGUUAGUAUUGAGAAGUCCUUGGAUGGGACUAAAACAAGGAGAAGCAAGGGAGCUAAUUCUGAAUCGACUCCAAGCCAGUGUGCUGCCUUGACCCCAGUUACACAAAGUGGGUCUCCCUCUCCAGCACACCGUUUCAGCUCUGGCUCAGCUCAAGCCCGUGGACAGAAUGCAGAAUCAUCAUCUGAAGUUAUCUCAGGGUUCUCUCCAAAGCCUAAGGUGACAGACAGUUCUCUAAGGACCUCACCCAGAACUGCAGGGAAAAAACUAAGCGUUUCAGAUGUACUAUGUGAACUUGAGUCGGCAGCGCCAUCUAGUGGGGGAAAAAAAGGUGACAAGUCAUCCUCCGGUAAGAAACGUAAAAGUGGGGACCUCAUAAGCGAACUGCCUCAGCCGAAGAGGAAAAGGGUUUCAUUUGGUGGUCAGUUGAGUCCCGAGUUGUUUGAUAAGCGUCUUCCACCAAACUCUCCUUUGCGCAAAGGGGCCACACCAGGCAGGCGGAGCCUGUCUAUGCUGAAGAAGCAACAGUCCCUCUUAAGAAGAGCAUCCGCUAUUGGUCUGAUCCAGGAGGUGCAUGCUGACCGCUCAGGUUCAAAAAGUCCUGUGUGUCCAGAGAAGAAAACCUUCAUCAAAGGUGUUUCUUCUAGAAGCAGGACUCCUUCACCUGUUAAGAAGUCUUCUAGCUCAAAAGCUAAAACUCCAUCUCCAAGUAGCCAGAGGUCCUCAAAGAUGAAACCUGAAGCUCUGCCCAAAAACUGUGAAGCUGAGCGAUCUCCAAAUCAUAAGUCCUCAUCUACCACUGUUAAGAGUUCAUUGCAGAAUAGAUGUCUGUCCUCUUCUGAAGCAGACUUUUUGUCAUUGGAGAAAAAGAAAUCCUCUCUGCCUGUGUCUCAGACUUCCAUAUCGGUCUCAUCUGAAAAUGUAGCUACCCAGCUCCAGUCUAGAGGAACACCAUGUAGUAGGAAGUCCCUAGGCACUGAACAAAAGCCUUCAUCCAAAACCACAUCUCCUGACAGAAAAUCUCUGUCCAUAAAUGAUUUCCUGUCUGGUCAAACCUCAACCGUACGAGGCCGGUUUUCUGUGUCACGAAUAGAAACUCCAUCACCUGUGGCUGAUAAGAGUGUUGCUGCUUCAGAAAGCAUUGCAUCUGAAGUUUCUGGUUUUGUAACUCCAAAAGUUCCACUGCGGAGAAAAAGCCUUAAGUCUUCAAAGAAAACGCCGAAAAGUUUACAGAAGAGUGCUCUUGAAAUUUUUCGUCGCAGGAAAAGUGGAGCUUCGCGUGCAAAUCUGAACGUUUUGAGUUCCUGGGCUGAUAUUGUUAAAUUUGGUGCCAGCAAACCUCAGGCUGGUGUUGUAGCCAAAAAGCAGAAGACAAGAGGAAAAGCUGUCAAGAAAGCUGUAAUCCUAAAACCAAAGACACCUGCUCAGAAAAUCAAGGACCAUUUUAGUACUGGACAUGCGGCAUCUCCAGCUACAAUUGUUGUUGGGAAGGCCCAUUUGAGGACUGUGAUGCCAGCAGGGUGCGCUCCAAAACUUGUGCCCAAUGUUGUCUUACUCAAGAACAUGAAAGUGAAUGAAGAUUUAACAGGAGUUGCAGAAAUGUUCAGUACUCCUGUGAAUUUAAGGCAGAAGACAAUUGAAGCUAGGGUCCACCAUUUCCCGAAAACCCCACAGGAUGUUCCUGGUUUAACUUCAGCUGAAGUUUCUGUAAUGAAAACCCCUGAAGAAACAGGAGAAAUGCUUGUGUCUCCCUUAAGUGUUGUUAAUAUGGCAAAGCAAGGAAGUUACAACGAUGAAGCAGUUCUUCGACUCUUCUCUGAUGAUCAAGAGUUUAAUUUUACGUGUGAUGAUUCUGUCAGAAGAAAAAGUGAAAGACUGGCAAAUGCAAACGUUCAUGAUUCUGAAACAAAUCCUGUCCGAUAUACGAAGCAGGUUGCUGUCAUAGGGAGAAAAAUAAAAACACCAAAACUAAAGCAUGAAGCAGUCAUGCCUCUGACAGGAGUCAAGAGACUUAAAACUCCAAAACAGAAGAUGCAACAAGUGGAAGAUCUAAGGGGCAUUAAAAUGCUUUUGAAAACACCUAAAGAUCCAAAGAUGAAUGAAGAACUAAGCCUAAUAGCGGUGAAGAAACUGUUAAAGACCCCUAAGGUCAAGGGUCAACCAGUAGAAGACAUGAUUGGAAUUCAGAGAUUGAUGAAAACACCUAAGACAAAGACUCCUCCACUAAUUUGUACAACCGGUAUGAAAAGACUGAUGUGUACACCAAAACCAAAAAGCAAACCUGUUGAAGACCUGGUUGGAGUGAAGAGAUUGAUGAGGACUCCAAAGCAGAAGAAUGAACCUGUAGAAGAUAUGGUUGGAGUGAAGAGACUGAUGCAAACUCCCAGGCAGAAGAAUGAACCUGUUGAAGACAUGGUUGGAGUAAAGAGACUGAUGCAAACUCCCAGGCAGAAGAAUAAACCUGUCGAAGAUAUGGUUGGAGUGAAGAGACUGAUGAGGACUCCAAAGCAGAAGGGGAAGCCUGUUGAAAGUAAAUUUGGAAUUGCUAAAUUAAUGAAAUCACCGAGGCAGAAGGCAGCUGCUACAGUUGAAGAUUAUACAGGAUUGCAAGAGCUAAUGCAGGAUCCAGUGGAAUAUUAUGUUAAAGCAGACAUGGUUUCUGAAAAUCCAUCUUUAUCUGACCAUGGAAAGGUUUUGACAUGUGCUGAUACAGCGAUAAUCUCUGAGCAACCAGUGAAAUUGUUUAAGGAUGUUCAAAGUGAUGAUCCUAAGAAAAUUGCAAGGAGACGACCUACUGAAACUGUUGAUGACAUUGAAGGCUGUAGUACAGCAAUGAGCAGUGAUUCAGUUUUGCCUAAUGUCAGACCGAAGAGAGGGACCAAAGUCUCUCAUGGUCAUUCCUCUACUCUGAAGGUAGAGGUCAACAAAGAUAGAGUUGCAUCUCCAGCUAAACCUACAAGAGGACGAAAGGCAAAGCCUGUUGAGGAAUUCAUAAAGGACGAGGCAGCCAGAAAUCUUAGUCAAAAUAUGACCAAUCAUUUGUCAAAACAGUGUGAUGAAGGAGACACGAGCACACAGGUGUUAAGCCCAAAAUCCAUUGCUCCAGUUCAGGCCUUUGUGAAAGGGAGGUGCACUAGAAAGGCUGCUGUCAUUCUUGAAAAUCUUUCUUGCUCAGGUCCUGUCAGAAAAAUUGGUUCUACCCUGAAGGUAGAGGUCAACCAGGACAGAGCUGCAUCUCCAGCUAAACUUACAAGAGGACGAAAGGCAAAGCCUGUUGAGGAAUUCAUAAAGGACGAGGCAGCCAGAAAUCUUGGUCAAAAUAUGACCAAUCAUUUGUCAAAACAGUGUGAUGAAGGAGACACGAGCACACAGGUGUUAAGCCCAAAAUCCAUUGCUCCAGUUCAGGCCUUUGUGAAAGGGAGGUGCACUAGAAAGGCUGCUGUCAUUCUUGAAAAUCUUUCUUGCUCAGGUCCUGUCAGAAAAAUUGGUUCUACCCUGAAGGUAGAGGUCAACCAGGACAGAGUUGCAUCUCCAGCUAAACUUACAAGAGGACGAAAGGCAAAGCCUGUUGAGGAAUUCAUAAAGGACGAGGCAGCCAGAAAUCUUGGUCAAAAUAUGACCAAUCAUUUGUCAAAACAGUGUGAUGAAGGAGACACAAGCACACAGGUGUUAAGCCCAAAAUCCAUUGCUCCAGUUCAGGCCUUUGUGAAAGGGAGGUGCACUAGAAAGGCUGCUGUCAUUCUUGAAAAUCUUUCUUGCUCAGGUCCUGUCAGAAAAAUUGGUUCUACCCUGAAGGUAGAGGUCAACCAGGACAGAGUUGCAUCUCCAGCUAAACUUACAAGAGGACGAAAGGCAAAGCCUGUUGAGGAAUUCAUGAAGGACCAGGCAGCCAGAAAUCUUCCUUCCUCAGGUCCUGUCAGAAAAAUUGGUUCUACCCUGAAGGUAGAGGUCAACCAGGACAGAGUUGCAUCUCCAGCUAAACUUACAAGAGGACGAAAGGCAAAGCCUGUUGAGGAAUUCAUGAAGGACCAGGCAGCCAGAAAUCUUCCUUCCUCAGGUCCUGUCAGAAAAAUUGGCAGAGGAAAAAUGGCAAAGCAAUCUGGUGAACAGAAAGUAAUUUUGGAGACCAUUAUUAAGGCAGAAUGUGUGGAAGCACUUCCUCCAAGUCUUCCAGAAGUAACUGAAGAUCAAAAGCAUGUUAAUCUGUCUCUUGGGACAAAGUCAAAUCGGGGAAGGAAGGUUAAACUUGACACGAAAGAUGGUAGCUCUUCAGAGCACAGUUUGGAAAUCAGUAUUGGACAACAGAAAGAUGCAAAUUCUGACAAUGUGGCCACUGAACUCCAACUUCCCACUUCUGUUGUGAAAUGUAGACGUGGGAGGCUGGCAAGCACUGUUGUGAAGAAUACAGAGCAGCCAUCACUUGUGGAACCCCCUUCAAAAAGAACACGCCAUGGUGCCAUUGAUUUUACCUCACAGGCUGCCAUUCCUUCUGUGCCUUCUUCAAGGCCUGAGCAAGCGAGUAAGGUAGCAAAAAGUCUGGAUGUUGUUGAAGGAACAACUUGUGUUCAGCCUGAAACCUUUGUAGAAUGUGAAACAAAGUCUGUCAAGAAGACCAGGGGAUCUCGGAAAACUGGCAAGAUUUUGGACUCUCGUAUUGUCAACAUUGCUGUCGGCACACCUUCUAAAGGGCACGAAACUCCACUCCCAUUAGUUGAUCCCUCAGUGUCAGAUGACAUUGCCAUAGAAAUUCCAAAGAAAGUGAAUAAGAAAGGAAAGGCUACUUCACAAAGUAAAUCUAACAAAGCUAAUCGGACUUCUGUUGAAGAAGCCAUUGACAUGAACGCUGAAGGGGGACAAGACAUUUCAAAGAAAGCAGUGACUUGGUCCAAAGAAGUACAUGGAGAAACUGCAGAGCCUCUGGAUGUGGAAAGGCAAGAAGCUGCCAAUCAUCUACUGAAGACCCGCAGAGGAAGGGUGGUCAAAAAAGGUAACUCCCAGGUGAGGGAGCCUCCUGAACCUGUGUCAGAGGAUGCUGCAAGGUUUGAGAAGGCAGCUAGGCCUUUGAGGAAAUCGCGAGUUAGCAACUUAAAACCUAGCCAGCCUGGAACUGAUAUAGAUGUUCCUGCUGCAAAACAAGGCACAAGGCGAAAACUGGCAUCUGAAGAGAUGAGUAAAGAGCUGCCAUUAGAUGCAGAAUCAUUUGCAGAAUCCUCAAAGACUUCCUUAACCUCAAAAUGGACAAGAAGGAAGGCUCCUAAUGUUGAAGUUAAAACUGAGGCCAAUACUGAUAAGAGAAGUAGAGCCUCUGCAAAGAAGGCAGAGAAAGCACUUGAAGAUGUGCCAACAGCAGAUGUCCCGCAGCCUGUCACUAGGGGUCGAAAAAGAGUAGGCCAGCACAUCAUUCCGUUACCAGAACCUGAAAGUAGCGAAAGGAAAUCUUUGGACAAAGAAGAUUCAGGGAUUACAGAAUCUACAGCAAAAGCAAGCAACCCAGAAACUCGCAGAAGAGGAAAAUCACAAACAAAACCUGAUGCUCCAAGUGCCACAGAAGCGAGGCCAGUUAGAUGCAGAAAGCGUAAAUAGGCAUUGUUUGUAGUUUUAGUUUUUUAUGCAUUGUUUGUCCUUGUUUUUUACGUAUGGUCUCUCUUUGAUAUCAGCCGUUGCGUUGUUGUUCUGCUUUUACAACUUUGAUUUUUGAAACAUCUUCUGACAGGUUUAUUAGCUGGACAUUGAGUAUGUGUUAAAAAAGCAUAAUUGAUAAAUGGAAAAGAAAAUGAAGGGACUCGAAACUUAAAUCUGUUACCCAUUAACAGUUUUAACCCUGAGUCUUUUUCAGUAGUUUGUUUAAAACAGCUGGAGGUGUAGUAUCAGUUUGUAUAUCACAGAUCAUUUGUAUAAGGGUAUGUAAGCAUUUUUUUUUUUUCUAAUUUCAGGUUUUCAGCAUAGCAGGUGUUUUUCAAGUUACUGCAUUAUUAACACAGUUAACUUUGCUUUGACAUUGAUAAGAGAUUUGCAAAUUUCUAAUUAGACAAUGUUUAAGCUUUGGUAUUCAUUUUCUCCUAGUAGCCUCUGCAAUGAUUUUUUUAAUUGUAAUUUCAUAGUAGAUAUUAAAAAUUAAAAACUGCAGGAGGCUAACAUAAAAAUGAGAAUCCAUUUCAAGCAAAGCCCCACAGACAAAAUUUGCCCUAAUAGAAUUGUGCAUUGGGGCUGUGGAUCAUGAUAUGUGUUCACACCGGGGGAGACUUGUCAAAACCAGUAUUGUUAAUCUGUAGUUGCAUACACACUACUAAACUAAUCACUGAAGUCACAUUGGGGGAAUGUGAACAUUAUCAAAGAAUGGUAAAUUGGCAAGUAAUUAAAGCUUAGACUUUGGCAUUUUAAAAACAAGAAUCUUUCAUCGGAACCUUUUCUCUCUCGUUUAAUAUUCAUAGCUGUGAUUUACGUUGUGAAAUCAGUUUUCAUGAGUUAUGCCCCCCAUGUC